AUGGCCAAGGCCAGGACACAGGGCUCUUCUCGCAGCAGGGAGGACCCAAACCAGAGGAGCAGCGGCGGCGGCAAUGCGGCCCAGAACGAAGAGGAGCACGGCCUGCUCGCCGCCGGCCAUGGCUCCGACGUCGACGACGACGACGAGGACAACGACUACCACGACGUUGACGGGAGCAACGAGGAUGACGGCCCCGUAGCGCACUCGGCCCUGCCGCCCACGGCGCUCUCCAAGGGCAGCGGCAACGGCACGCCGCGGACCCCCCGAACGCCCAACCGGGUGCGCUUCGACCUGCAGCCCACCAACAUCCCGCCGCCGGCCAACGGCCACGGGCGCUCGCGCUCCAACAGCGACGAGUACGCGUACGGCGACGGCGACAUCGAGCUCGCGGACCACGACCCCCUGCACAGCCCCUACAGCCCCUCGGGCGACGACGGCGGGACGUCGCGGCAGCCGCUGCUGACGGGCAUCGAGGCGCCCUCGGUGGCGCUGGCCAACACCCCCUGGGGCGCCGAGGACGACGUGCACAGCUGGGCCGAGGCGGAGCGGGCGCGGCCCAAGUCCGGGCUGCGGUCGGCCUUCAUGAACAUGGCCAACAGCAUCAUCGGGGCGGGCAUCAUCGGCCAGCCGUACGCGUUCCGGCAGGCGGGCCUGCUGGCGGGCGUGGUGCUGCUGGUCGGGCUGACGGUCGUCGUCGACUGGACCAUCCGCCUCAUCGUCGUCAACAGCAAGCUCAGCGGCGCCAACAGCUUCCAGGGCACCGUCGAGCACUGCUUCGGCCGCCCGGGGCUCGUCGCCAUCUCGGUCGCCCAGUGGGCCUUUGCCUUUGGCGGCAUGGUCGCCUUCGGCGUCAUCGUCGGCGACAGCAUCCCCCACGUCCUGCAGGCCGUCUGGCCCGGCCUGAGCAGCAUCCCCGUGCUCGGCCUGCUGGCCGACCGGCGGGUCGUCAUUGCCGUCUUCAUACUGGCUAUCAGCUAUCCCUUGACGCUAUAUAGGGACAUUGCAAAGCUCGCAAAGGCCAGCACGAUGGCUCUGAUCAGCAUGGUAAUCAUCGUCAUCACGGUGGUGGUGCAAGGUGCGCUGGCGCCCAAGGAGGAUAGGGGCUCCUUCAGCACGCCAUUGCUUACAAUCAAUGGGGGAAUAUUCCAGGCCAUUGGCGUUAUAUCAUUCGCCUUUGUUUGCCAUCAUAAUUCCCUACUUAUAUACGGCUCUCUGAGGACGCCGACUAUCGACCGUUUUGCCCGCGUAACGCACUACAGUGCCGGCGUAUCCAUGGCGGCCUGUCUGCUGAUGGCCCUGGUGGGCUUCCUCACCUUUGGUGACAAGACGCAGGGCAACGUGCUGAACAACUUCCCGGCCGACAAUUCGAUGGUCAACAUCGCGCGGCUUUGCUUUGGCCUCAACAUGCUGACGACGCUGCCCCUUGAGGCCUUUGUCUGCCGCGAGGUCAUGCUCAACUACUGGUUCCCUGGCGAGCCCUUCAACAUGAACCUUCACCUCAUCUUCAGCUCGGCCCUGGUUGUCUCAGCCAUGGUCAUCAGCCUGAUGACGUGCGACCUGGGCGUCGUCUUCGAGCUGGUCGGCGCCACGAGCGCCUGCGCCCUGGCCUAUAUUCUCCCGCCGUUGUGCUACAUCAAGCUGAGCACCCGGAGCUGGAAGACGUACGUCGCAUGGGCCGUGGUGGCCUUUGGGUGUGCCGUCAUGGCCAUCUCCUUGUUCCAAGCUGUAGGCAAGAUGAUCACGGGAGGUGGAGAACCCGUCCAGUGUAUCUAG